AUGAGGCUCCAUGGAAUUGCCCUUGCGGCAUCGGCCUCGGCCAACUACUACAACCCCGCCGUCUGCCACAGCAGCCUCGACUGCCUGCGAAUCUGCCAGCAGGGCGACUUCAAAGUCAUCGAAAGCGCUGACGGACAGCCGCAGCUGGCGUGCGCCGCCGGCAUCAUCGAGUACAGCCGCAAGACGUGCCAGUCGCGCCACGGCAGCGGCGACGAGAGCGUGCGGCUGCUCAGCGACGCGUGCGGGCGGGCGCGCGGCCUGCUCUGUGUGAAUUACUGCGUGGUGCCGACGCAGGACCCCGGACGGUUCGAGGACCAGUGCCGCGGCAUGGAGGGGAUGCCGUCGGUCAUCAUGGGCGGGUUGACGGAGGACCAGGCCAAGGGGCAGGAGGUCUGUUCCUGGCCGAUGAAGACGGGAUGA